AUGCCGCCCAAAAAGCCCGUCCAAGAAGAAAAAAUCCCCCUCGGCAGGCCCGGGAACAGCUUGAAGAGUGGCAUUGUCGGCCUUGCAAACGUCGGCAAAUCCACUCUGUUCCAGGCCAUCACCAAAUGCACCCUCGGCAACCCUGCUAACUUUCCCUACGCCACCAUUGACCCCGAAGAGGCCCGCGUUAUUGUCCCCGACGCCCGCUUCGACUGGCUCUGCGAAAAGUACAAGCCCAAAUCCCAGGUCCCCGCCAACCUGACCGUCUAUGACAUUGCCGGUCUGACCCGUGGCUCUUCCACCGGUGCCGGUCUCGGCAAUGCUUUCUUAUCUCACAUCCGCGCCGUCGACGCCAUCUUCCAGGUUGUCCGAUGCUUCGACGAUGCCGAAAUCAUCCACGUCGAGGGCGAUGUCAACCCUACGCGUGACCUCGACAUCAUCAGCGAGGAGCUGAGGCUGAAAGACAUUGAGUUUGUCGAAAAGGCCCUGGAGAACCAAAAGAAGAAGACGCGCAUGGGCGGCCAAAGCCUCGAGCUCAAAAAGGCAAAGCAGGAACAGGACACCAUUGAGAAGAUCCUGGCCUGGAUCCAGGACGGCAAAGACGUCCGCAAGGGCGACUGGACCCCCAAGGAGGUCGAGGUCAUCAACCCUCUGUUCCUCCUGACGGCCAAGCCCGUCGUGUAUCUGGUCAACCUGUCCGAGCGGGACUUUGUCCGCAAGAAGAACAAGCACCUGCCAAAGGUCGCUGAGUGGAUCAAGGAGCACUCGGCCGGUGACCCGGUGAUUCCCAUCUCCGUUUCGUACGAGGAGCGUCUGACGCGCUUCGAGACGGAGGAGGCCGCCCGGGAGGAGCAGAAGAGCGUGGGCGCCGAGUCGGCGCUGCCCAAGAUUAUCACACAGAUGCGCAAGACGCUCCAGCUCGGCAGCUUCUUCACCACGGGCGCCGACGAAGUCCGCCAGUGGACCAUCCGCGUCGGCACAAAGGCCCCGCAGGCCGCCGGCGUCAUCCACACCGACUUUGAAAAGACGUUUAUCCAGGCCAUUGUCUGCAACUACGAGGCUCUCCGGGAGCUCGGGGACGAGGCCGAGGUCAAAGCCAAGGGCAAGAUGAUGACCAAGGGCAAGGAGUACGUGGUCGAGGACGGUGAUAUUCUGCUCAUCAAGGCCGGCGCUGCCAAGGGCUGA